CCCAAACCGUGAGGGAGAGGAGCUGAGAUGGUGGUCAGUGAGUAAAGGAUCCAGACAGCUUUUCCAGCUUGAUGAUUGAUGGUCUUGGAUGUCCAUUACUGUCCAUAAUGGAGGAUCCAGUUCACUUUUUCAAAUGUAAAGAGGAUUCCAGCUACAGACCCAGGUCUCAGCACAGAAAUGUAGCAGAAGUAGCAGCUCGAGACUGUUUCACCAUCGUAUUUGGAGCACCAGCAGUGACCGUCAGCCAGGACAGAUGGACACGCACAGUUCAGACAGGCUUAUUCAGCCUGAGGCUUGUUGGAGUAGCUGUGGACGAGGUUCAUGCAGCUGUUCAAAGGUCAGUCAUGCAGUCCUGCAGUUCUGCUCUGUGUAUCCUGAUCUUACUGAUCUCUACAUUCACUACUGUGUUUGAAGCAGCUGUUCCUCCAGUGAAGGUGAAUCUUCAUGACUCUGCUACUCUGCCCUGCUAUGAGAGAUGCUCUGGUUUGGUCAGAUGGACUGUGUACCACAACCCUGAUGAUGUUCUGGCUGAGUGUGAUCAGACUUCAUGUAGAUCAGUGAAGGAGGGAUAUCAGAUGAUCCAUGAUCAGUACCUGAAGGGGAAUCUCUCUCUCACCAUCACUGAAGCUGAUUUCAGUAAGAGAGGCUGGUACACGAGUGACUGUGAUGGUAAAGACGUCUGUGAUGUUCAGCUACAGAUUGAGCCCUUGAACACUACAGUUGAGAUAAUGGCCGGUGAACCUCUGAUCCUGAGGCUGGACAUAUCAGAUGCAGUGGAGGUGAUUUAUAACAGCACAGGCACACCUGGACCAUCCAGUGGUCAGAUCUGUACAGUGGAUGGACCCUCACUACAGUGUAAACCUGAAUACACACAGAGAUCAUCACUUACAUCUGGUCUUGAGCUGAGAGCAGUGACUCCAUCUGAUAGUGGAGUUUACAUUAUUAUGGACAGCAGGAAUAAAGAGGUCAUUCACACCUACACAGUGACCGUCCAAGAUGUACAGCAGAGCUCGAUAUGGAAGGACGGCUAUCAGAAAGGAAACAGUGAUGGGUAUCAGAAGGGAAGUGAAGAUGGAUAUCGUAACGGAUUGGGAAUCGGAGCAGUGGUUUUUGGGAUCAUAGCUCUGGCUCUUGGUGUAAUUCUGGGAAUGUUCGGUGGGCCCCGGGUGCGUCCUCUGAUGGGCAGAUGUGUCCAGAGGUUCAGAAGAGAAGAUCCCUCAGACAGAAGAAGAGACGAUCCCUCAGGUGGGCGAAAAGCUGAAGACGGGGAAAGUGGUGUUGCUCUGGCCAGAGCUGCCCAGCCAGAGCUCUGAAGAGUAAACAGACUCUAUAAUUUUCUUUUUCAGAGAUUCAGCGUUUUUACCCUUCUGGAAAAACUUGAAGAAAAAGAAGCUUGAUGUGAUGAUCAGCCACAGCGACCGUGUCAGAUUUGUCCUACAACAGUCUCAGUAACUCCUAAACCUCAUGAGGCAGCAGUACUUUAGUCCUCUAAAACAGCUGUCUGUAGAACGUCUCUUCAGUAGGUUUUAGUUUGGAUCAGACUAACACGUUACAGGAUUUCGUCAGUAGUGUGUCCGGUACUGUUCGGUGAUUUAAAGGUAAGAAUCAGGAGAGAUUAGGUUGAAAAGAUUUAAUUUCACUGAUACUGAUCCUAAUUUUAACAAGUUUUUCUGUAUUUAUUACAUUUGGGAAUCAAACUGUUGCACAAAUUAAUGCUGCCCAACAGUCAGGACCAGAGGCUAUCCCUUUACCCCCAGGCCUCCAACAUAAUAUUAAAAAGAAAUCUUUCAAUACUGGCUAAACACUUACACUAACAACUGUUUUAAAUCAAAGUCAAAAGAUGUUGAAAAGGAAAGUGUCUUCAGCCGCUGAGUUGUUGAAAGAGAAAAGCUUCUUUAUUUCAUUCAGGGGGCACGCAGGCCUCCGGAGACCGACUGCGCGAAUAGUGUUCUGUCUGCCCUUAUAUACCCUUAUCUGAGGUGUCAUGAUGUCACCUCAGAACUUGAUGUUCCAUUAGUCCCCAUUCAAAACUUCCCCAUCACUUGGCCUCCCUC